AUGGCCGAGUCGACGUUAGAAGUAAAGCUAGUUCGUUGUCCCAAGUGCAAGAAUCUCUUACCAGAGCCUAAAGAUUGUUCUUUUUUCAAGUGCGGUGGUUGUGGAACCGUUCUUUGUGCCAAAAACAAAGACCGUGAAGCAGAUCCAGUGUUGGACAAGUCAGAGAAAAACAGAGCCAAAGAAACUGAAGUUAACUCUGUUUCGAGUGAAGAAGAAUCAGAUGAUUCAUCAAGACACCACCAACAAACUUGUCAAACAGAGACUUUGAAGGUCUCUUGUUCAAAACUGAAUGUUGUUAGCGGUUCUGAGUCUGGUUUGGAUCGGUCUAGGAAAACCAAGGUAUUCAGAUUCUCAGCUUCCAACUACUUUACAGAUUCUGUGUCCACUGAUGAAGCAAUCCAACAAGACAGAGCUGAGCUGGUGAAAAAACUGGAUAAGCUAAAAGAGAAGCAGAUCCAGAGGUCGUCUUCAGGUUUCAAAAAGGCUCCAUUGCGGUUUCCAAGCUCUGGGAAACAUGCUGCAAGGCCUUAUUACCAUCAAAAUCAAGAACCUGAACCUCCAUGUCGUUAUAACAAUACCUCUGAUGUUUCUCUGCAUGCCCCAGCUUAUGGAGACCCUCUCAGGUUCCAGAUGCAUGAAACAACUCUGCAGCAAUCUCACCACCACUACUCUAGACAGUAUACUGGCAACAAUGGUCAUGAGUUGUUUAAUACACACCCCGGAAAUGGGAUGAUUCUUCAUCAGUCAACUUGCUCUUGCUCCCAUUGCUAUGAUCCAUAUCAUAGAGCUUCAGGCUCAGUUUAUCCUCCCUCAGGGCUCCCUGAUGCUCUUCACAACAUCGGUUUCUACACUCAUGAGAGAAGUAGUGCGUUUAGGUCUCCAUUGCAUAGUCCUAGAGCCUUUAUACCUCCUCAUCCUCCUCGUGGUCCCAAUGAACUUGUGGAUGCGUUAAAGAAUGCUAUUCCUCGUGUUCGUCCCCAUAAAGUUGGUUCUCGUUUAGUCCACCCUGUAGCUGGUGGUGCACCAUUUAUAAACUGUAAGAAGUGCUCCAAGAUUCUGAAGUUGCCUGACAAAAUAGAUUCUACAACGAGAAAGCAACAGAGACUGCGAUGUGGAGCGUGCUCUUGUUUGAUAGAUUAUUCUUUUGCUGAUAAGAAACUCAUUCUCUCAACUGAUCCUGCUUCAGCAAGAAAAGAAGAAGAAGAAGAAGAAACUCUCAGUAGGCUGCAUUGGGUAACUGCUGUUGACUUCUCUUCUGAUGAGUGUGACAAUGCUGCUUACGAGUCAAACGCAGAUUAUGUAUCAACAGGUCCUGCUUCAAUCUCCGAUAAAGCUCAUGAUUCUAUUUCUUCUAGCUUGUCUGAAGACGAGCUAAGUUCAGACAGUCCAACAGGCAGGAAACUCAUUCCAGAUUUGCCUCUUCUCGAACAUUUUGACUACUCUUCUUCCAUCAAUGUAAAGGACCGGUCUGGUCCAAGGAGCCAAAGCUCUCGUUCAGAACAGAACAUGGUGUCACUGAGCAAGACAGCCAUGAGACAGAACUCUAUGAACGAAGCUUCAGUACUAAUUGAAAUGAACAUUAAUGACUGUUCCCACAACAAUGAAGUGUCUCAAGAUUCUGGUGAUGACUAUAGAGAAGAGGAUGGAAGAACCAGGAAAGGUGGAUUUGCGAGUAUGGUGAAAAAUAGCUUCAAGGAUCUAAAGAAGUCAAUGCAGAACGAAGGGGGAAGUGAUGUUUUGGUGAAUGGGCAUCUUGUAGCUGAACGUCUGGUGAAAAUGGCAGAGAAACAAGCUGGACCAAUCCGGCCAGGAAACUACUGGUACGAUUACAGAGCUGGAUUCUGGGGAGUAAUGGGAGGUCAAUGUCUUGGAAUAUUACCUCCUUUCAUUGAAGAGCUCAACUACCCAAUGCCAGAGAACUGUGCUGGUGGAAACACAGGAGUCUUUGUGAACGGAAGAGAGCUUCACCAGAAAGACCUGCGGUUGCUCAUUGCCAGAGGUCUACCACGAGACAGGGAUCGAUCCUACACUGUUUACAUCACAGGUAGAGUCAUAGACGAAGAUACAGGUGAAGAGCUAGAUAGUCUUGGCAAACUCGCCCCAACGGUUGAUAAGCUAAAACGUGGGUUCGGGAUGAGAGUUCCGAGAAGACAUGCAUGA